AUGGAGGCGGAUGAAGAAGAGCCUUCACUACAUUUCUUAUCGACACAAAUCCAAGCUCGCCACGAAGACCAUGAACAGCGAGAAAAAACGCUUAGCAAACUAAGUAAAUUUAAACAUGCUCUCGAAACAGUCGCUCCUCCGCAACUCAAAGUGGUGAAGAAGAAAAAGCGAAGCGUGGCGAGACUGAAAAAAGAGAAGCCUAUUUCAUCUCUAAGCGCCUUUGUUUGCGAGACUUUGGGUUCUAAGAAAGAGGUCAACACGAAGAAGAUUCUUGAUUUUUUCACGGGCGAUGAGUCCAAAGUGGAUAGCAUUUUAAACAAGGUUGAAAGAGGGUCAAACAAGGACCACCACACUGAGAACUUGAUCUCUGAAAAUGAAUGGAAAUCGUUGUUAGAGGGUAUUCAACUGAGGUUUCCAUCCUUUUCCCAACGGCACAAGAAGAACCUCAAAAUCUAUUACGCGUAA